AUGUCGGCGGUCAUCACCAAAAUUCUGACUACACUGCUCUGGCUCAUUGUGAUCUCAGUCGUCACCAAUAUUGUCAAGCAGCUGUUGUUCCGAGAUCCUCACAGACCGCCAGUGGUAUGGCAUUGGUUUCCCCUGAUUGGCAGCACCGUCGACUAUGGACAAGACCCAUACGAGUUCUUCUUCAAAUGCCGAGAAAAGUACGGUGACUUCUUCACAUUUGGGCUGCUCGGGAUGAAAGUCACGGUAUACCUGGGGGCAAAGGGCAACAACUUCAUCUUGAAUGGGAAGCUGAAGGAUCUUAACGCCGAAGAAGUAUAUGGUCCAUUAACAGUCCCGGUCUUCGGUCGCGGCGUGGUGUACGACGUGGACAAUGCAAGGUUCAUGGACCAGAAGAGGCUGCUGAAGGAAGGUUUCACAAGUACGAACCUACGCGCAUACGUCCCCCAAUUCAUCAAAGAAACCGAGCAGUACAUCAAUACCAACGCGAUCUUCCAGGGUGAGGGCGGAGUAUGCGAUAUAUCUACCGUGCUCUCCGAGAUUUCCUUGUAUAGCGCAGCAGGCUCACUCCAGGGGAAGGAGGUCAGAGAUUCUUUCGACUCCUCAUUCGCCACUUACUACCGUCAUCUCGACGACGGCUUUGCUCCAAUCAACUUCAUGUUUCCAUGGCUGCCCAUACCUGUCAACCGGAGACGAGAUCGUGCUCAAAAGAUGAUGGCCAAUCUGUAUAUGGACAUUAUCAAGAAACGACGGUCGACUGGGAACGAAGAUGGCAGCCACGAUAUGCUCUGGGCCCUCAUGGACGGCCGGUAUAAAGAGGGCACGCCCCUAGCAGACGAGGAGAUAGCCAAUCUCAUGAUAGCUCUGCUCAUGGGCGGGCAACACAACUCCGCAGCCUCUGGGACCUGGAUCAUGCUUCAUCUCGCCCACCGUCCACAUCUCAUUGAAGAGUUGUACCAAGAGCAGCUCAGUGUCCUGGGUGGUCAGGCCCCGACCUAUGACACGUUGCAGGAACUUACCCUGCAUAACAAUGUCAUCAAGGAAACGCUGCGUCUCCAUAGCCCUAUCCAUUCGAUCAUGCGCAAAGUCAAGCAGCCGAUGCAGAUUCCUGAGACAGACGUCGUCGUUCCUGCAGGCCACAUCUUACUGGCGGCUCCCGGGGUUCCUUCUCGAUGCGAGGAAUUCUUUCCCGAUCCGAUGGCGUGGAACCCGCAUCGAUGGGACAAGCCAGAUGAGGCGGGGCAGCAACAACAAUUGAAUGAGAAAGGCGAGGAUAAUGACACGAUAGAUUACGGAUAUGGAGCUGUCUUGUCGAAGGCGGUCAACAGCCCUUAUCUGCCCUUUGGGGCCGGUCGACAUCGGUGCGUCGGAGAAACUUUUGCCUACGCACAGCUGGGAGCCAUACUUGCGACGUUCGUGAGACUUUUGCAGUGGGAGCAAGUCGAUCCCAUGGCACCGGUGCCUGCCACGGACUAUUCGGAGCUUCAAACCUCCGAGAUUAUGGAAGUACUAACGGAUUUCGCUUCGACAGUCGAUGUUCUCGCGACCAAUGCAUCCAGCUACAGUUAA